GCCCCCCAGCGGCCGGGACGGGAAGGACCGGUGAUUUUUUUUGCAAGGAUCGCCUUUAGCCAUGGCCCUGGGACUGAGGUGUUUCCGCGGUGUCCCUUCUGGGUUCUACCAUUGCCUUUCAGCUGUGGCCAAGCCACUUCCAGAAGCUCAACUGCGGGCUGUGACUCUCACCCUUACUAACUACAGGGAAUGUGUGGCAAAUCAACUAAUCCAGACGAGACACUUCGCUACCAAGAAAGCUAAAGCCAAAGGUAAAGGACAGGCCCAAGCCAGAGUGAAUCUCAAUGCUGCUUUGGUUGAAGAUAUAAUCAAUCUGGAAGAGGUAAACAGGGACCUGCAGACCGUAAUGGAAGCCCUGAAGGAGGAUUUCAACAAAAAUCUGAACAUAAGGACCUCGGCGGGGGCCCUCGAUCAUAUAAGUGUGCCAACAGAAGAUGGAAAGUUUUCUUUAAACCAACUUGCCCAGAUCUCUAUGAAAUCCCCUCAGCUGGUUUUAGUAAAUAUGGCCAAUUUCCCAGAGUGUACAGCUGCAGCUAUCAAGGCCAUAAGAGAAAGUGGAAUGAAUCUGAACCCAGAAGUGGAUGGGACGAUAAUUCGGGUGCCGAUCCCCAAAGUGACGAGGGAACACAGAGAAAUGCUGGUCAAGUUAGCCAAGCAGAACACAAACAAGGCUAAGGAAUCGCUGCGAAAAGUGCGGACUAAUGCUAUGAGCAAACUGAAGAAAUCGAAGGACAAGGUGGCCGAAGACACAAUUAGACUAAUAGAGAAAAAGAUCGGACAAAUGGCAGAUGAUAAGGUGGCUGAGAUGGACAAGCAGCUGUCAGUGAAGACCAAGGAACUCCUAGGGUAAAAGAGGCCUGAAGAAAUCAGCCAGAGUUCACCGGGACCCCCUGACUCCGCCCCUCCCCAGAGAGGGUCUGUCCAUACAUUGCGGAUCUCUCCAUUUCCCUCCCCUCUUGUGCGUUCUGUGUCGAUGAGAUGACAUCCCCUCGUUUGAGUUUUAUUCAAGCAAAGGAACCGUCACCUGUCUCCCCAGGCCAACUGAACUGACAACUGAACCCAACGCAGCGUUUCUCACUGCGUCACCUGCCGUGUUGGGUUUAUUCAGCUUCUAGCCCACUGGCAAGAAUAGCCUUGGGUAAGUAUCUGCAGCUGAGCACAUGCCGGCGGCAGGCUUCUUGCUCAGAUCCAUUCCGUUUGACUCACCCAGGACGCUCCCCGGAGAACAGGCACGUUGGAUGGCGAUAAAGAUUGUCUCCCAACAGCCUUUCUACACCGCUGCAGGGAGUCUUCUCAGGGCUUGGCAUGUGGCGUUCGAUUACAGGAAUCUUCCUUUUCAAGCAAGGGCACGUCACGUUCCUGAUGGCUUCAGAGACCGACUUCUGCUUCAGUCGAUAUGGAGUUUUAAGCCACAAUGCGUAUUCAGCGGCUUGGGAAAGGGAUGGGAGCCGGCAAGGUGAACCCCUAAAUUUCAGGUGUCCCGGGGAUCUGGCCUUCCCACAGUUUGUACUGAAAGCACAGAGUCAAAAUAAAGUGAGAAGAAUGAAA